AGAUUACUGGUCACGUGGUGUAAGCAGGCUUCUGAAUGAUUUAAAAGGCUCUCGCCUCCCACCGCCUCCUGGUGAUGCGCGAGAUGCUACUGCUGCUGAAGAGAGAGAAGGAGAAGAGAGAGAGGGAAGAGAAAGAGAGAGGAGAGAGAGGCAGAGAGAGCGAGUAAGGGAGAGCGAGAGAGGAGAGAGAGAGACUGCAACAGCAGCCGACAUGGAGCUCGAGCCUUUCCGGGGGACAGCGAGCAUCCUCUAAUCUGCCAGGGUCACGGUAGAAUACAUUGACACCUGAGACAACAGAGAACAUAUCACCAUGAAGCACUGCUGACACCCCCCUCACCUGACUACCAGAGAGAAGACACUUUCUUCCUCCCAUCCUCUCUCCCACUCAGCCCAUCUUCACAAGGAUAAACGUUAUUUACGAGAGUGGGAAAGUAUGUCAGGCCUGCGUGGUAAGCUGCAGCGUGUCCAGUGGCGGGCAGGAUGGCACACCUUCACCUCCAGAGUCCUCAGGACCAAACCAGUAGAGAGCAUGUUGGACUCUGGGACAGGUGGUACCAGCAGCCAUGGCACCAAACUAGCGAGGGUGUUGUCCACGGUAGACCUGGUGUCACUAGGGGUGGGCAGCUGCGUUGGCACGGGGAUGUACGUGGUCUCUGGGCUGGUUGCUAAGGAGAUGGCCGGACCUGGCGUCAUCGUCUCCUUCAUCAUCGCUGCUGUCGCCUCUAUACUGUCAGGAGUGUGUUAUGCUGAAUUUGGGGUUCGCGUUCCCAAGACAACAGGCUCAGCCUACACCUACAGCUACGUGACAGUGGGGGAGUGUGUGGCCUUUUUCAUUGGCUGGAACCUGAUCCUGGAGUACCUGAUUGGUACAGCCGCGGGGGCGUCGGCUCUCAGCAGCAUGGCGGACUCACUAGCCAAUAAAAGCAUCUCUACGUUUAUGACUACACACAUCGGAACACUCAACGGCCUGGGUAAAGGAGAGCAGUCGUACCCAGACCUCCUGGCCCUGCUGAUAGCAGUAAUAGUGACAGUGAUCGUGGCCCUGGGGGUGAAGAACUCAGUAGGGUUUAAUAAUGUGUUGAAUGUGAUCAACCUGAUGGUGUGGGUCUUCAUGAUGGUGGCCGGACUCUUCUUCGUUAACGGACACAACUGGGACGAUGGAAGGUUCUUACCCUUCGGGUGGUCAGGGGUGAUGCAGGGAGCGGCAACAUGUUUCUAUGCCUUCAUAGGGUUUGACAUCAUCGCUACAACAGGAGAGGAAGCCAAGAGCCCCAACACCUCUAUACCCUAUGCUAUUACUGUUUCCCUCAUCACCUGCCUUACUGCAUACGUCUCUGUAUCAGUGAUUCUGACUCUGAUGGUUCCCUAUACAGAGAUCGAUGCAGACGCUCCUCUGAUGGAGAUGUUUGCUGUACAUGGCUGUUAUUUUGCUAAGUACAUAGUAGCAGUAGGCUCUGUAGCUGGCCUGUCUGUCACUCUGGGCUCUCUGUUCCCCAUGCCACGAGUCAUCUACGCUAUGGCUGGAGACGGACUGCUGUUCAGGUUCCUGGCCCAUGUGUCUCCCUACACUGAGACUCCAGCGGUGGCAUGUGUUGUGUCUGGCUGUCUGGCUGCUCUCCUCUCUCUCCUCGUCUCCCUACGAGAUCUCAUAGAGAUGAUGUCCAUAGGAACACUACUGGCUUACACACUGGUUAGUGUGUGUGUGUUGUUGCUACGCUACCAGCCAGAAUCAGACAUCCACGGCUUUGUGAACUUCCUGUCUGAGGAGCAGUCCAAUAAGAAGAAGGAGGGCGUGUUAGCUGAGUGUGAGAAGGAAGUGUGCUCUCCAAUCAGUGAAGUAGAUGACUACGGAGGACCUCAAACUAACACCUGUGGAGCUAAGAAUCUCCCUCGCUAG